GGGCGGCAGACGCGCCGCGAUGGUGGGCCGCGACAGCCGCUCGGAGAGCGCGGCGCGCCCCUGGGCGCCGCGGCAUGAGUAGCGCGCCAGCCCGGCCCGGCCCGCGCGCCCGCCAUGGCGCAGGCCGCGCCCGCGCCCCAUCGCACCCACUCCUUCGCGAAGAAGACCUUCCACAAGCCCACGUACUGCCACCACUGCUCCGAUCUGCUGUGGGGCCUCAUCGGGCAGGGCUACGGCUGCGAAGUGUGCAACUUCAUAGUGCACGAGCGAUGCGUGGGGCAAGUGGUGACGCCGUGCUGCGGGGUGGCGCCGAGCCUUAUCAAGAACCCAGUGGCUCACUGCUGGUCAGAGCCGGCACACCACAAACGGAAGUUCUGCACGGUGUGCCGGAAGCGGCUCGAUGAACUACCAGCCUUACAUUGCAUGAUAUGCGAGUACUAUGUGCACGGCGAGUGCGUGGACUUUGCCGCGGCGGACUGCAAGGAGAACGCGACGUACUGCGCGGGCAGCGAGCCGCGGCACGUCCACCACUGGCGCGAGGGCAACCUGCCGGCUAAUUCCAAAUGUGCCGCGUGCCGCCGCGCCUGCUGGUCCACCGAGUGCCUCACUGGCUACCGCUGCGAGUGGUGCGGCAGCACGUGUCACGCCGGCUGCCGUGCACUUAUCCCGGAAGAAUGCAACUUCGGCAUGCUACAGCCGAUCUUCCUACCUCCGUCGGCGGUGUCGAUCCCGCGCACGGAGGUGCCCAUGGAGGCCAUCAUCGGCGUCCAUGUGCGGCCCCCGCCCUCGCAGCGGGACUUCGGCUGCCCGCGGGAGCAGCGGGCGGCGGGCGGGUGGGCUCCGGCGCGGCUGGUGACGCUGGCGCGGCGCCUGCUGCCGGCCGCCUGCAGCCCGCACGGCGGCGCCUCGCCGCCCUACUCCAGAGCACGAAGCGUGAGCGAGGAGUUCAGCUCUGGGUGCGAGGGCCGAUCAGGUUCGGGCGGGGGCUCCACCGGGGCGCCCGCCGACCAAGACCAUAGACCUGACCACAAACAACAUAGAGAUCGGACACCGGAUGACAGAGAUGAAGAAGUAGUAAAAGUGUAUGACGGCGAGGCGGCGUGGAGCCGUCGGCUGUACCGGCCAGUAGUGGUGGGCCGUUCCCAUUUGUACUGUUACAACGUCCGCGCGUUCCAUGUUGCCCAGAAUCCGUUCGAGCUGACGGACGCGCUCGCCGGCGACGAGCCGCCACUUCGGGACCCCACGCCUCUCGCUAGGGUCACACGCUUGCCCAACAAGCGGCCCGCACUCUUCUUGCGGUUUAAAGAGCCAGAAUCCGGCGGCGGCGAGGUGCGCGUAUUUCCUGGGCGCGUGGCAGGUGCGGGCGAGACGUUUGUGACGGUGACGUGCUGCUCCAUACACUUUCAUUACUUUUUCAACUUCUUGGCUAAGGUACGACAAACUUUUAACCUACGACCAUACAGGACCUAUAUGAUGAUUUUAACCGUUGUGGCAGUGUCGGAGCGUGUGCUGGAAGAGGAGGAGCGGCCGUGGCGCAUCCUUGUGCGGCUGGCGCGCGAGUCUGUCCGGCGCAUGGAACUGGCGCGGUUCUAUCUGCAGCCGCGCCGCGACCCCCACGGGCCCACGCUCGCGCUGUUCGUCGCCUCACUACCACCCGGCCUGUCGCAGCGCAAUUACGAGAACAUGCUCGUGGAAUUCCUUGGCGCUGAGAACAAGUUCAAGUCCAUCGGGCCGAUCUACUAUGAAUACGGUUCAAUGGUGAUUACGUAUGAGGACGCCAGUAAGGCGGUGCGCGCGCUCUACGCGCUCAGAGAGGCCAAAUAUGAAGAUAAGCAUUUAUUAGUGAUGCUGCUUCCCAGCAUCGAACCCUCCAUGGUGCCAGCGGGCGUGAAGCCAUUGCUGGUAUUCGUGAACGUCAAGUCCGGCGGCUGCCAGGGGCUGGAACUCAUCUCCUCCUUCCGGAAACUCCUCAACCCCUACCAAGUGUUCGAUCUCGAGAACGGAGGACCGCUGCCCGGGCUGUACGUGUUUCGCCACAUUCCCAACUACAAGAUCCUGGUGUGCGGCGGGGACGGCACCAUCGGCUGGGUGCUGCAAUGCCUCGACAAUGUCGGCCAGGACUCGCAGUGCUCCAACCCGCCCUGCGCCAUUGUACCCCUCGGCACUGGUAACGACCUGGCACGGGUGCUCCGCUGGGGCUCCGGAUACACGGGCACCGAGGACCCGCUGUCGCUGCUGCGCGACGUCAUCGACGCAGAGGAGAUCCGCCUCGACCGCUGGACGGUCGUCUUCCACCCCGAGGAUAAGCAGGAUGAGCCAAAAGAGCUCUCCAAGCAAUUGCCAGCGUCUGUGAGUACAGGGUCGCAGAGCGAAGAUAACUCUCAGAUCCUCGUGAUGAACAACUACUUCGGUAUCGGCAUCGACGCCGAUCUCUGCCUCGACUUCCACAACGCGAGGGAGGAGAACCCUAACAAAUUCAAUAGCAGAUUGCGCAACAAGGGUGUGUACGUUAAGAUGGGUCUCCGAAAAAUGGUGGGCCGCAAAAUGUGCAAGGAUCUCCACAAGGCAGUGAAGUUGGAAGUGGACGGCAAGCCGGUCGAACUGCCUGCCGUCGAGGGCAUUAUCAUACUCAACAUACUAAGCUGGGGCUCCGGCGCGAACCCAUGGGGUCCUGAGAAGGACGACCAAUUCAACAAGCCGAACCACUGGGACGGAAUGCUGGAAGUAGUGGGCGUGACUGGCGUGGUGCACCUCGGCCAAAUACAGUCGGGGCUGCGCGGCGCCAUGCGAAUAGCUCAGGGUGGGCACAUCAAGAUAAACCUGAAGAGCGAGAUCCCAGUACAAGUGGACGGCGAGCCGUGGGUAGCGGCGCCCAGCGAAGUAGUAGUCCUCAAGUCUGCACUCAAGGCCACCAUGCUGAAGAAGCGCGGCAAGGUCCGGCGCCGGGACACCGAGCCGAGCCUGCCGCGCGCGCCGCCGCCGCCGCCGCCGCCGCCGCCGCCGCCGCCGCCGCCGCCGCCGCCCGACUCCUGAAUCUGGCUCAGCGAGCGCCUCAUCUAGCGCCCGCGCCCGCCUCGGGCUCAAGGCCGGCGCGCGCGCACGGCGCUCGCUGGGAUCCCGCGACGAGCCCGGACCGCCGCGGCCCGGGCCCCAUCGUCCCACCACGCGCACUA